AAGAGGGCAAGUCUCCUGAGUCCUGCACACAGUUUGCAAAUUCCAGGAGACGGAUUCGGGGGAAGCGCCAGCAAGCAUGCCGCAUCCUGCAGUGACCCUACGGGAUGUAUCCUCAGGGGAGCAGCACAGGUUACCUGUUUAUGGCGAGGUGGGCCCUGCCGUGGGGCGCUUGGAAUGGGACGCAGUGCUGAAAGCAUUCGAAGCUAGCAAAGUUUUGAUUGAAGACUUCGAGCCAGCCUUGAUCAAACAAGGCCUUUUGACUGGAAUGACAGUUGAUCAGUUUGCUGAUGGAAGUAUGGUCUUAGUCACGGUCACAAAGAAGGUCGAAGGGCCCCCGCCGGCUGACUAUCCUCCUCUUCUCGAUUAUGAGAUCCGAUUCAAGAGGCUGCUUGAGAAGACAUACGUUUCACGACCACACACCGAAGUGCUGGACACAAUUGUCUCAAGGUUGCCACAACAGAUGAUGCUAGCAAACACGCCAGCACGUGCGCUCGACAUCUACGAGCAAGCAAGAUUGAUGCCGGGCGUCUCGACCAAGAAUCAUUUGCUGACGCAGCACCAGCUCAGAGUGAAUGGCCCAUUGUUCACCAGGUUAGAGGACGGACCUUUGUCCCUUCUGAAAGCAACAGAUGUGCGCGGUCGCCUAUGCGUUGUGAAGAUGUUGCCGGACGCAGUUCCACUCAACAGUUCCAACUUUCCGGGCGGGUCUGAGGGGCGCGCCUGCCAUCAACUGCUUCCCGGCGCGAAAAAGGAGGGGGCCCCCCUGAUUGAAGCGGAGGUGUUAGAGCUUCGGGUGACUCAAGAGCAUGGGUCAACUCGCCACGCGCCUGGCCGCUAUGCAGCCCUUCUUUCAAUACAGUAUGUCGGGACUGUAGCUUCUUGUCUACAACUAACGGAGGAGGUCAUUGAGCGGGGUGCACGAAGGAUUCUUCAUGCGGUGCGCUACAUGCACGCAAGGAACUUUGUGCACAUGGACAUCAAGAGUGACAACAUCUUCCUGGAAUCGGACGGGCGGUGGUACCUUGGAGACCUUGGGUCCACUGUCCCAACCAACACGCCGGUCCUGACGACAACAACCUGGUUUACUGGCGGAAAGUGGGUGGGUGAACCCGCCAAGGAGGAGUACGAUUUUUACAUGCUGGCAGUCGUGGUGGGGGUGGAACUCGAUAAAACGAAUUGGAAGGACCGUCUGAUCGAGAAUUCUCACACCCCGCCUCACAAGCUUGUGGCAGCCCUACAAUCAGCCACUCGGCCAAGCCUCAUCCAGCUCAUCGAGGAGAUCCUCCGAAGUGCGGGCCUUCAAAGCAACCCAUAAUUGCAACUAGAGGGACAAGGCUCUGUUUGCGAACACAAUUUGGCAGAACAUUUUUGACACAUGGUGAUUCAGCCAUCGGCCCGUAGCUACAUGCUCUGAAGAAAUCUGGUCCGCCUUGCGCUUCAAGUAUAUGUGAUGAAGCCUGAUCUAGCCCGUGACUGUUGACAAUGUUCAGUAACUCGCCGCGGUUACAGUCGCAUGUGCACUAGGCACACUGAGGAUGCAUGUAAAGAAUUUCCAAUGCUUCCGACUACUAAAAAGGCUGCUUUUACUAGGUAAUAUGCAAUUCGGAUACAAUCCGUUGGAAUGGCCAGUUUGGCCUACUGUCUUCUGAAACCGUCGAAUUCUC